AUGAAUUCCUCCUUAAAGAACAUCGAAAAUGAAAGCAACUUUUUCAUCAAAUCAUUCUUCGAGUCGCUGUCAAAUUUUAUUAAAAAUGUGAAGAUCGAAAUAAAGGAUGUUUUCGAAUUGCUUAACUAUCCCUGUGUGUAUCAAAACUGCAAAAAAAAAUUCAGCAUCAGCGAAAAUGAGGAUUACAAAAAUACGCUGGAAACAAAUGUCAUAAGCAAAAUAGAUAAAAAGAACAUAGAAAAUUUUCAGCAGUACCAGAAAGAGUUGCAAAACAUGCUGCAGAAUAUUAAGGUGUUUAAUGAGAAAUACAGAAUGGACGUCCCUCUCCUUUUUAUCAUCGAGAAUUUAAUAACCCUACACUUGAUUAAUGAGUACAAAAUAAAUAACAUUGUGAAGAAGAUUCAGGAGCACAACAUUGCUAUGCCUGAGUUGAAGAGCGACUUACCAAGUUACUUUGUCCAAACGUUAGAAGUGGAGGAAAGCGAAAAUGAUGGAGAAUUGGGACGGAAGUUAAGCGAAACGAGUAACUUAUCCAUUAAUAACAGUGUCGUUAAGGAUCUACUAGAAACAUCUCAUGUCAGAAUUAAUUUGUCUAAAUUGAGAGAACACAAUGAAGAGAAUUAUUUCCACGCGGGGAGGCCACUGUACAGCUCCAGCUAUAACUCCAAGUCAAAUGACCUUUUGGCAUUCAAAAAGGAGGAAGAGGAGGAGGGACGAGGAGAGGAUGCAACUGGGAGGGGAAGUCUACACACUGUUGGGGAAGAAAACAGCCUCGCGCAACAUAGGGAUGAAGAGGAUCCCAGCAAUAUGUCUGUGCGGAAAAAGGAGGAGAAGAAAAGCAUCAUUGAAGACAUCGGGUUGUCCGAGGAGACGCUCAAGCUGCUUAAUUUGCUGCCCCAAAAAAGGAAGGCGGAGUGA